UUGUCUCCCUUCCUACCCCUAGCAUCCAAACCCAACAUUGCUGCCCAAGACCUGCAUCAGACUCAGCACGCCAUCUUCAGCUGCCUGGCUCAUGGCUCUACUGCUCAACUUGAUGCUUGCCAUCUCAACCAUUUUCAUUGGAUCCUGCCUCUCGGAGUCUCCAUCCAAAGUGCGGCUAGUAGGAGGUGCCCACCGCUGUGAAGGGCGAGUAGAGGUGGAACGCAAUGGCCAGUGGGGGACUGUGUGUGAUGAUGGCUGGGACCUGAACGAUGUGGCUGUGGUAUGCCGGGAGCUGAAUUGUGGAGCAGCCACCAAAGCCCAAAGUGGUACAUCAUAUAAGCCACCAGCACCAGAGGAGCAAAAAGUUCUUAUUCAAGACGUUAACUGCAGUGGGAUGGAAGACACGUUGUCUCAAUGUGAGCAAGAUGAUGAUGUUUAUAAUUGCCCACAUACGGAAGAUGCUGGGGCACAGUGUGAGAACCCAGACAUCGAUAGCCCCUUCAUCCCAGAGAAUGUGCGACUAGUAGACGGCCCGGGACGCUGCCAGGGUCGAGUGGAGGUGUUGCACCGGCUGGAGUGGAGCAGUGUGUGCAAAGCAGGAUGGAAUUUACGGGCUUCCAAGGUGGCGUGCAGGCAGCUGAGAUGUGGGCGGGCGCUACUGACCCACACAUGUUGCAACAAGAAGACUCAGGGCAAAGGGCCCAUCUGGAUGAGCCAGAUGUCAUGUGCUGGACAAGAAGCAAACCUUCGGGACUGCCCUUUUAGGUCUUUGGAGAAAAAUUGUACCCAUGAUGAGGACGCAUGGGUGGAAUGCGAAGAUCCCUUUGAGCUGAGGCUGGUAGGAGGAGACAACCCCUGCUCUGGGAGGUUGGAGGUGCUACACCAGGGUACAUGGGGCUCUGUCUGUGGUGAUGGCUGGGGAGAGAAGGAGGACCAAGUGGUAUGCAAGCAGCUGGGCUGUGGGAAGCCCCUCGUUCCAUCCUUCAAAGCCCGAAAAAGCUACGGACCUGGGGCAGGCCGUAUCUGGCUGGAUGAUGUCGUUUGCUCAGGGGAGGAGCAGUCCCUGGAGUCCUGCCGGCACAGGUUCUGGGGGUAUCAUGACUGUACCCACGAGGAAGAUGUGGCGGUGAUCUGCUCAGAAAGUAUCCCGAACUUUGAUGGGUAACCUGGAUCCCUGCCUGACCUGGAUCCCUGCUGCUUGCUCAGUUAGGCCCUGAUUGUCCAAGUGGUUAUAACCGGCCACAGACUUAGCCACCUCCGCUGAGCCUCUUAGGAGAGUGAACAAUGUGCUCAGCUCUUGAUCUCAGGGAUCCCCUCUCCCAUAAUCACCUCAAGAGAUGAGCCGCUGAGCUCCCUUGCUGAAGAAGUGCUUCUGGUUGCCCUGUGCUCACUGUUGACCCCUUAGUAUUGGUUCCAGUCUUUACUUUCUCUUUCUAGCCUAACCUGCAACUCUCGGGCCUGACGUGGGAUCAGUUGUACAGGCCAUGACUAAGGCCCAGUCUAUCUGUAAACAACACUUAGGAUAUGAUAACAAAAGGAGAACAUGAAAAGGAAUGUGGGUAGACAGUAUUUUGGAGGUAGGGGAGAAAAUAGACUUCUUCGAAUGCUUUUUAAAUUUUAUAACAAGAGAAAUGACCAUAAUAAUAAUGCUUCACUACCCUGCCAUCUCUCAGAGAAAGUAGCAGAGUGGUUUCCUGUAGGCCUCAAAUGUUACUCCUUGAGUUCUAAAUGUCUACCCAAACCCCAUAUGUUUGAAGUCUGCUGUCUGAUACAACAGUAUUCUGACAUGGGGCCUUUGGGAUCUAACCGCAUCACGUGGUCUGAUCCCUCAGCCCUUAAUGUGCAGAUUACUCACUGGUGAAUCCACUGGGAGGUGGUAGAAACUUCAGGGGUUGGGACCUAGUUAGAAGAAGGAGGUCAUUGGGGUGUGCCUUUAGAAGGAGAUAUUUUGUUCACAGCUUGAUCCCCUGCCCAUGUUCAAGGGUUGGUUCUAUGUCUUAGCUAUUGUGAAUCAUGCUGCAAUAAAGAUGAGUGUGUACGUA